UAACACAAAAGCUCCCCAUCUUUCAACAAUAUCGUAAUUUCCCAGAUCAUCUUUUGUUUUUACCAUUUCUCUUCUCUUUCAUCUUUUCUGUUUCUCCCCCUAUACAAUACUACAUUAUAUAAACAUAAUACGCAUUCUAUGGUGGACUUACAAUCAGUUUGUUAUUUGAUUCUUACACUCUUCAGCCAUAAGCAACAACCUUCACUGGUGCUUGUGGUAUUUAUCAAACGUGGCAUUGGCCAUCUAUGGAUUUAAUGAAAUUUGAUGAGAAAUUAGGUUUAGGGUUUAGUAGAUGGAGUUACUUGGGAGGAAUUUGUAUGAUUUUGGUGGGGAAAAAUGGUGUGUUCUGCAUUUAGGUGGGUUUUAAUUAGGGCAAUUUCAUUGUUGUAUGAUGUGUUAAGAGUCUUAGGUUGGGGGUAGUGGGGUUUGAAGGAUGACUGAUGUUCAGCAACAACUGCAACAGAAGCCCGAGAGCACAGGGGAUGAUGCCAGCUCUGAAUUUGAGAGGGGUUGGGAGGAGUUAAUAAUGCGCGGGCACUUGGAUGAGUGUAUGUCGUUUGCUUCUUGUAGUUCAGCACGCAACACUGAAGACGAGGACGAUGAGAGCAAUGAUCGUCUUGUGAGAAGGAGAAGGAGGAGUUCAGGAAUUGAAGGUGGUGAUGACCUGGCUGAGUCUUCUGCUGCUAGGAGGAGGCAUUCACGGAUUUUGAGUAGGUGGGCUGCUAGACAGGCAGAAGAUAUGAUCACCACUAUCGAGAGGAGGAAUCGUGAGUCGGAGUUGAUGACACUUUCUGGUUUGCAUACUGUAUCGACGCUUGAUUCUUCGUUCUUGAGAGAAUCACGAUCUCCUAGUUCAAGGCAUCAGGGUGAUGCUGAGAGGAGCAGUAGAGCUUCGACCAUCUUGCAAAUGUGGCGGGAGUUGGAGGAUGAGCAUAUACUGAAUCGUGCCCGAGAUAGGGUGAGGGAAAGACUGACACAACAGAGGAGUGUGGAUUCUAGUACCAAUAUUUCUAGUACUAGUAUUUCAGAAAGCCGGGAGAGUGAGAACCAUGGUAGUUUGGUGGAUGCUAAUGAGAGUGAGAAUGAAUAUGGUACUUGGUCUCCUGAUGUGAUCGGACCACAGAUUGAGAACAGCGAGCAUGAAAACUCCAGCCGUGAACAGUCUCCUGACCUAGGGGAAGUUGAGAGGGAGAGGGUGAGGCAAAUCGUUCGUGGAUGGAUGGAGAGCGGGGUCAGUGACCAUUCAUCUAAUGUCUCCCAGAGGAACGGUGGCCCAAGAGGCGAAUGGCUGGGGGAGACAGAGCGUGAAAGGGUAAGAAUUGUGAGGGAGUGGGUCCAAAUGACUAGUCAACAAAGAGGAGCUCGUGGUGGCAGAAGGGAAGAACAAUCCAGUGGGCUUAGUGCUCAAGUUGAU